AGAGAAGGAAAUAUGCUGGAGCAGUGUUCAACAUUUCUCAGUUUGAAAGAAUCGCCUUUUCAUACAAAAAUAAGCCGAUAUCUAUUCUACUUUAUUUGGAUGUUAGUCGAUACAUUGUGUUUUGUUUUGGGGACUGUAUGCAUGGUUUUAAUGGUGAGAAAUUCAGAAAUAAUCACUGAAUGGUUUGUUGAGCAUACUAGAGCACCUGGUUUGUUCGUGUAA